UUGGCUGUUCUAAAUUCUGAACCGAAUUUACCUCUUUUUCAGAGUUUAAGGAUAGCACAGCUAGCGCUAUGGAAUUGUUUCAUUGAAAUUAUAUGGUUUUAUGGAAUUACGUUCUGUGGACCGCUCAGGUCAAUAUUGGUGUUUGAACAAAGUCCUUCGGUUGUGAUGGUAGCUUUGCUAACUUUAUUAAAGGGCAGUAGUUCACCGGCGAAAACUCGUGGUGUUAUUGCACUGGGAUUGGGUUAUCUUUCACUAAUUCUGAUGGACAGCGAUGCUACCGUUGAAACCGAUCAUCGUGAGUUUUGUUCUUUUUUAUUGUAUUUUCCUGGAUCGUAUUUUUGUUUUUUUAACGGAAGAUAG